CUAUACGGAUCCCCAGCACUGUCAUUUCUUUUCUUUGCUUUACAGACCAAUCGGGCUGUACGCCCUGAAGACCGUGAAGAUGGGUUUCAUUCAUUUCCUUUCCUCAUUCUUACUUCUAUUUGUCUUUUCUCCCCUGGCCUUCGGAAAAUCGGAUAUAAUACAGCAUGACCUUUCUACUCAGAUUGAGAGCUCGUUCGAGAACGUGGACCUCGCUUCAUUCCUCAACACUAGGUCUCGACAGCAUGAUACCAUUAUGACCGAGGCUCUAGACCUCCUGGAAUCGAUGAAGGCGUCUCCUUCCUGUAACCGGAUUGCAGCAACAAAACUAGUUACCUCGUGUCAAUCUAUCGGGGAGGCUGCAGAGAAGGCCACUCCAGAUGUACACCUAGCCUUGGAUUAUGUCAAGUCUUUGUACGCUGCGAGACUUGCCCUCUGCGAACUGAAAGGGGCGGGGGCCUCGAUUCCAACUUCGUGUAUUCCGAUCACAGUCAAUAAAAAACAACGGAAGGGGCUUUUUGGUCUCUCUACAAAGUCAAAUUUUCAAAUUGACUUCUCGGAAUCCACAACACCUGUGGCGCUCGAGUCGUGUCUCAAAGCAAUGGAAUCUCGACCACAAUGGUGGACUUCUUACAGUAAUAGCAGGCAGAAUGCUAUGAUCAUUUGCCAGGCAGCUAGAAUCGAGACUGAGAAGGAUGAACUGCUGGAACUACAUAGAUCGAUCGUGGACAGUACAAUCAAGUUGAAUCAGGGGCUUCAGGAUGCCCUACAGAGAGCAGCUGCCGAGUCUGCUCAACAUGACGCCUUUGCCAAAGCUGUCGCAUCAAUGCGAUCGAACCUGAGUCGUGAAAUGGGUGAGACGGAGUCUCAAUUGCAACGUGCGAUGAGUUCUUUCAUCCAUGAUUUGGAAUCUACUGUGGGUUCUCUGGUUUCAAGCGUGGCUGCAGUGCUGAGGGUAGUGGAUCUGGAGGCUGUCGUUCUACAGAAUGACAUCCGAAAUGCAACUUACGAGCUGGCAUUUCUCUCAGAUACACUGAGAGAUAUUAACAAAGCUGAAUUGGAAAGAAAUGAGGCCCUGAUGUCUGUGCAUCAGGAAGGCUUCGAGGCGAACAACCAACUCACUACAGCAUUACGGUCUUCUAUACAAUCUAUAUUGGAGAGAGACGUCACUCGACUUACCCAGGAAUUGGGAAGUUUUGAUACAGCAUUGGACUGGCUCGGUGGAAAACUGAAUCUCGUUAUACAACAGGAAGUUAUGAUAUCUCAGCGUCUUCAAAAUGUGCAGACAGCUCUGGAAGAAUCGGAGACAAAAGCCGGAAGCCUCCUGAAAGCACAGUCACUUCAGUCGGAGGCUAUAGCUGCACAAUCUCACGCGCAAGAUACCCUUCGACUGAACACACAGAUUAUACAGUCACUCCUUGACAAAGCCAUGGCCACGGCGGCGAAUAUGCAGGCCAUCGUAGAGGAAUCUACCUCGAAGUUCCACAACGCGCCAGGUCUACAAGGCCUGGUAGGCAAAUUCUCCGUUUGGACUCUCUGUGCUCUUCUUUCCGGCCUUGUUGGGGCACAGAAUCCACGCUCCAGCAUGCUCGUACUCCUUAUUAGCUCUAUACAUUUCGUACUCAUGAAUAUAUUAUGAUCAACGACUGACGACCUGACGACUUUUUUCCUUGAUCCCAUGCUAUUUAUUUUCAUCGCCAAUAUUUAAUCUCAUUUCGCUUCCCUACCUGCUCUUCGCUUUCUCGGUGCAUUGAUGACUGUGUGCGACACAUGUUGUCGCGCUCACUUGCAUUUUUCGUCUUCGUUUACUCGGCGUUUUGAUUUUCAUCCGUCUGUGCUUUCAGUUACAGGUCCAUCAAGGAGAAAGAUAUCAAGAUGGAUAGCUUUAGGUAGAUAUGCCUGAGCAUUUGAGUUUAACUUAAAA